AGGGGCGUGGCGAACCUAUGGCACCGCUUUAAGAGUUUACAACCUCACAAUUAUUCCCAGACCGUGGCGUUUAGAUGUAUAACUAAGGACAGGAGGUGCUACAAAAAGUAGUUUUGGGGAGUUUUAAGGCGAUUUGGGAAAAAAACGAGUCGAUAUUUCCUUGUCCCCCCUUGAAGACGCUCCCGUUUGGACUCUACCGAUUUGCCGCAAGUGGGUUUAACCCUUUUGAAUUUACACACGAGAUUCAUCUCGAAAGUACUUUUCUGGGGACCUGAAGGCUAUAUUACUGCCAUUGGAUACAGGUUUCUUUUCAUUUAAACAGAAAACAUGUAUCGAAACUUUGGGAGUCAAGGAAGAGGCCACCCGGCGUACACAGGCAGCGUCUCCGGGUCAAACUCCCAGGGAACCUCCAGCACUACGACUACACAGCAGGAGCAGAAGUUUAUAAUGGCUGGCAGCGGUCAGUUUGUACCAAGCCUGAAUACCAUCACAAGCAACCAGGACCUGCAGUGGUUGGUCCAGCCCACCCUCAACCAUCCGCCGGGCCCUUCCCGAUCUCCAGUGCCUCCCUACCCGGCCCUCUCGGGGCCACGGCCUCUGGGUCCACUGCCUUCCCAUCUUUUCAGACCAGGGAUCAUAAGGGCAGCUGCAAACACUACUGCUUCGACAAGGCGCAGGAGCGAUGAACAUUUAUCCCAAGAAGAGAUGCAGAGACGCAGAAUACGAAGGGAGAGGAACAAGCUGGCGGCAGCAAAAUGUCGCAAUCGCCGUCGGGAGCUGACAGACACGCUGCAAAAUGAGACCGACCAGCUGGAGGAUGAAAAGUCCAAGUUGCAGAAGGAAAUAAGUGAAUUACAAAAGGAGAAAGACAAGCUUGAGCUGGUCCUGGAGGCUCACCGUCCCAUUUGUAAAAUUGAGGACUCGGAUUCUGAUUCUGACCCGAAUCCAUCAACCUCCUCGCUGGGAGGCAUCAAACUAGAGCCGCAGGAGUUCAGCAGACCCGCGAUCAAGCUGCCGCCGAAGACGGAGAAGCCAAGACCAAAGAUCACCAUCCCCACCAAGGACGUGACAUCGGCGGCCUCUGCCGCUGAAUCCGAGUCUCUGCACACCCCGGUUAUCACGUCCACGCCCUCCCUCCUGGCCUUCACGGCUGGUAUGGUGUUCACCUAUCCCUCCGCCUCUUCAGACACUACCGCCGCGCCCCACACCACGUCACACCAGGGAAGCAUCCACCAGGCUCACGCCCCGCAGCCGUGCGGGAUAGCUCAUCGGCGCAGCAGCAGCAGCGGAGACCAAUCGGAUCACUCCCUGCACUCGCCGACCAUAAUCAGUCUGUGAUCUCGUGCCGCAAAACCCAACUAAUGUUGAUUUCGUCGACCAAGAGUGUCUCCAGGAAGUGAGAAUGAAAAAAUGAUCGGGUUAAACAUUUCAAAAUGAGCUGUGUGCAUCUGUGUCACUUCUUCUCUGUAGAAAGUUGAUUCUUUACUGAGAUGAUAUGCUAAUUAGUAGCAGGAAGUUACACUCUUUUGAGUAUUGAUUCAAAUACAAAUAUUUUAUGUUACUAAAGUCAUUAUAGCUUUUAGCGAUAAUGAGUUGGUUUGAGGUUAAAAACUAAGCAUUGCAUGCAGAAUUCUAGAACAGUACAACUCUGAUAACUACAUCUGAUAAUAUAUUAGACUAGCGAUAAUUCUGUAUAAUAAUGCAUUUAAUACCUUUUUACAUUGUUACGUUAUGUUGUGUAACAUUUUACAAACUUCCCCACAAAGGGAAAAAGAGUACUUAUAACUAAAUGGUCCUAAUUUUUCUAUGAAUCUUUUAUGAAUUCUAAUAUUGUCGAUGCAAAGAUUUGACCACUAAGGCUGGGCCAUAGGAGUUAAUAUAGAUGAUGUUACAGCAUAUUUAUUCUUGAGAGCGUAAUAUAUAUUUUUUUAUUGUCUGACAGAUGAACUAUUUUGGUGGGCAGUGCCUUACUUUAUUCUCUUCUUAAAGAUGUACUACUUCGCAGCCAAUAAAGAGCAAAGGUUCAUAACCGUGUGA